AUGAUGAAGCACUCCAAGUUUGCAGUAGCACUUGUGGUGCUGUUGAGCCUCCAGAUUUUGAGCAGCGCCGUGGCUAAAUCUAAAUCACCCCAGAAACUCAAGGUCGGAUUUUACGCAUAUAAAUGCCCACACGCCGAAAUCAUUGUCCGCAAAGCCGUCAACAAAGCCGUGUCACUCAAUCCCGGUUUAGCCGCCGGCAUAAUCAGGCUGCACUUCCACGACUGCUUCGUCAGGGGCUGUGACGGUUCGCUGUUGUUGGACACCGUGGCUGGGAAGCCAGCGGCCGAGAAAGAAAACGUGGCAAAUUUCCCAAGCCUACGUGGCUUUGAGGUAAUCGACCAAGCCAAAGCCGAUAUCGAAGCUGUCUGCCCCGGCACCGUUUCAUGUGCGGACAUUCUAGCAUUCGCCGCUCGAGACAGCUCACUCAAAGCCGGAUACAUCGGCUACGAAGUCCCCUCUGGGCGAAGAGACGGCCGUGUUUCUCUCAGUUCAGAAGUGCUCCAAAACCUACCACCACCGUUCUUCUCGGCAGCCGAACUCAAGGAAAACUUCAAGAGAAAGGGGCUCUCGCUCGACGAGAUGGUCACACUUUCCGGCGCACACUCCAUCGGUGUUUCUCACUGCUCCGCCUUUUCCAACAGGCUCUCUGGGUUCAACGCCACCUUCGAUAAAGACCCUUCUUUGGACUCUGGUUAUGCUGCUUUUCUUAAAACUAAGUGCCCAGUUCCGGCGAACGGCGAUCCUGCGGUGAACAAUGAUUUUCAGACUCCGACGGUGCUGGACAACAAGUACUAUGUUAAUUUGAAGAAUCACAAGGGGCUUCUAACCUCGGACCAGACACUUUUCGACAGUCCGCUGACGAAGAAUCUGGUGUUGAACAAUGUUAAGUACGGGUCGGUUUGGGCUAAGAAGUUUGCUGCUGCAAUGGUGCAUAUGGGUUCCAUUGAAGUGCUCACUGGGAAACAGGGCGAGAUCAGGAAAAACUGCCGUUUGGUUAACUGAUUAAUUCUUGUUUUCACUUUCAAUAUUGGGUUUGUGUGUUCUUUUAAUUGUUUUGCCUGACUGCCUGUGUGCAUUUUUUUUGAAGUGUGAAUAAUUAGAUAAAGGAACAAUAAGAAGAUUGCAUCAUGCAUGAUGUAAUAUUGUAUAGUGAUCGAAACAUUAGGUUUUGUAAUAAGUUUGAUUUAUUCAAAUAAUGUUUCGUUAGGUUGUACUGUAGCUUGUUUCAACUUUUUGUUUUGAUUCUAUUUUUUCAUUUGUCUCAAAUGUGAAGUAUCUUCCGG